CCGGAUGUCGUUUUUGCCUGUUCGCGGGUUCCUCUUUUUUUCCCUCUCUGUGUCACUUGUCUUGUUCAUCGACUUGAGCCCUUUUCGCCAGCCAGCGCAAGAGCCUGUUCGAUCCUUCAGAGGUAAAACGCACACCAUGGCCGAGUCGGAACCCACAGCCGAACAGCUGGCCGCGCUCGCGGCGGCCAACGAGGAGACGGAUGCCGCGGUCAACUACAAACCUCCGGCGCCGAAGAGCUUACAGGAGAUCAAGGAUCUGGACAAGGACGACGAGAGUCUGCGCAAGUACAAGGAAACCUUACUGGGCUGCACCUCUGUGAGUGCAGAUCCCAACACGCCAAACAUCCAGGUGACGCGAAUGACUCUGGUAUGCGACGCGGCGCCAAGCUCUUUGGUGCUGGACCUGCAGGGAGAUCUGGAGAACUUCAAGAAGAAUCCUUAUGUGUUGAAAGAGGGCGUGGAGUACAAAAUCAAGGUCAAUUUCAAGGUUAACAAGGAGAUCGUGUCGGGUUUGAAGUACAUUCAGCAGUCAUUCAGGAGAGGAGUAAAGGUUGACAAGACGGAAUACAUGGUGGGCAGCUACGGGCCCAGACCCGACCAGGAGUACGAGUUCCUCACCUCCUUGGAGGAGGCGCCCAAAGGCGUGCUGGCCCGCGGCACGUACGUCGUCAAGUCCAGGUUCACCGACGACGACAAACAUGACCAUCUGUCCUGGGACUGGGGCCUCACCAUCAAGAAGGACUGGAAAGACUGACUCCCCCCAACCUCGGCCACCUGCCACGUCAUCAUCCUCCGCUUUCUUUCCUCUCUUGCUGUCAUUCCAUUCUUUCCGAUUCUUGGCCUCUCCGUCCGUCCGUCGACACCCUGGCGCUUGCUUCCCGCUUGAAUUCGGCUUUCCGUGAAAUAUCGAAAUAUGGAAAUGGAGGUCAAGACAUGCACAAUACGUUGUGAUGUUUUCUUUAGGAAUCGGUGUUGUCAUUUUUAUUUUAUUUUUUUGGUAUGAUUUUCUUAUUUUGCUCUUCAUCCUGUUAUUUCUUUUUUUUUUUUUUUUUUAUGAUCACCGUGCCUGCCUUGGGAAACCACAACAUUGCUGUACUGUAUGUAUCAAUUGAGUGUGUGGGGCUACUGUACUUUGCAUCAUUGCUGCACGCCACCCUACUAAAAAGCCUUUUGGGCAGAUUUGUUAUCCUGACAAAUUAUUUCGAAUUUAGGUCAAAAGUAUCCAGCGACAAGACAUCUUGUCCUGCUUAUGAUGCCACCCCCCCGCAAAUUGUGAGUUGCCAGUGGCCUUUUAACAUGAACCCUCAGGACAAGGAGAUCAAACCGAGCAGAGCUAUUUGCCUUCAGGCUUGAACUCCACAGCGAUAUAAUUAGAAUCUUUUUUGGGUUUUUUUUACACUUUAGCUUGCUUGUUUUCUCAUUCAUGCUUGUCUGCAGGAGGCCAACACGCUUCCUGCUCCUCUCGUUGAUUGUGAGCAUCCAUGACUGUGCCUCCAGUUUGCAAACGGUAGACACGCUCCCCAGUGGUGUCAUAAGCACAACAUUUGUGUCUACCGUCAAGCAUCCGUGGCACUGAGCAGUCCCGUACGCAGUUGUUGUAUUUUUCUUACUGUGAUCAGGGCUUCUUUCAGAGCUUUCUGGUCUUUGGCCGGGGUCUGUCUGCAUCAGUGUUUGCUCGAGGCCGCGCAGUCUACGGAGCUCCUCAGAUGACAUUAAAGUGUUGGAAUUCAAA